CUCAGGCUUGGUGCACAGUGGGUUUCAGCAUGCUGUUCUGGAGAUUGGUGCUCCUGGGAUUGCUUCUUCUGUUCCUGAGUCUGAGCUUUGGCCAGUGGCAAGAGAAGGAUGUCCAAAAGCGCUAUUCGCGAUCCGUAGUGAACAUGGAUGAAUUGCUGAACAUUGAGGACGAUCUUGUCUCAAAUGUGGAAAAGCUGGCGGAAGCGCUCUCCCGAAAAGCCAAGACCAUUAAAUGGGGUGUCUUCAAGAUGAUGAAAAGGCGACAGAAGUAUAAAACGUCUAGGGAACUUUUUGCCAAUCCAAUUGACAGCUUUUCCCUCGUUCGUCACAUGCAAUCCGACUGGUUGAUGUGGCUAGUGUACUUGGAAAAGCCUGUUGGAGAAGAAGAAUUGGCUUAUCUGCACUCAAGGAUGCCCUUACUGCCAAAGUACUCUGACUUUAUAGAUGCAGCUGAAGGAAUUCGUAAAAUGCAAGCCACCUACCAGAUGCUUGCGUCGGAUAUAGCCAACGGUUUACUAGAUGGAGUGCAAUACAACUCCUCCCUGAAACCCAUUGAUUGCCUUGCAAUGGGCCAUCAUCUGAUGAAUGACUCGCGUUGGUCUGCUGCCGAGCAAUGGAUAAGUGCGGGCAUUGAAGUCAAAGGGAAAAAAGGGAAAAGUUCUUCGAUGGAGAUGGAGUUACUGAGGGGUCCAAAAGUAGCUGACCUGUGCAGAACACUGGGCCAAGUUCAAAUGAAGCAGAAAAAUCAUGAGGCUGCUCUUCAAGCCUAUCAGCUUGCCCUGAAACUCUCGCCUCAUGACGCGGAAAUAUUUGCGGAGUAUCGAGUGCUGGAGCAAAGAUAUCUUACGUUGUCGAGUAUCGAACCGAUCGAGCAGGAGGAUGAAGAUUCGGAUGGAGAGAGUUUGCUUUUUCCGCCCUGUUGCAGUGGUCGCUGUGAAGUUUCCCGAAAUCUGACUGGAUUGUAUUGUGUAUAUAACCAUGUAACUUCCCCAUUUCUGCAACUGGCACCCAUCAAAACGGAGAUUCUCUCGAUUGAUCCCUUCGUAUUGCUCUUCCAUGACAUGAUCUCCCAAAAGGAGAGUACUCUCAUUAGAAGUUCGAGCAAGGAACACAUGUUGCCGUCUGCCACAACCGACGUAGAUGCCAGCGGUUCCGAGGAUCAUGUCGCCACAUUCCGCACCUCAAAGUCUGUUUGGUAUAGCAGUACCUCUAACGACACGACCAAGAGGAUUACCGAGCGCUUGGGCGAUGCCACUGGGCUGGACAUGAACUUCACGGAGUACUUCCAGGUCAUCAACUACGGGCUGGGGGGCUUCUUUGAGACGCACUUGGACAUGUUGCUGUCGGACAGAAGCAGGUUCAAUGGAACCAGAGAUCGCCUGGCCACCACCCUGUUCUAUCUUAAUGAAGUUCGCCAGGGCGGCGGCACCCACUUCCCCCGGCUAAACCUCACGGUAUUCCCGCAGCCAGGAUCGGCCCUUUUCUGGUAUAACUUGGACACGAGGGGCAACGAUCACACGAGUACCCUGCACACCGGCUGCCCGGUCAUCGUGGGCUCCAAGUGGGUCAUGAGCAAAUGGGUAGAAGAUGCUGGACAAGAGUUUAAACGACCCUGUGUGGACUCAAGUUCGAGCACCAAAGAGUUGCCAUCAGCUGAGCGGCUUUUAAUUUGACUAUAACACUUUACGUUUUUACUUCCAAAUAUCUUAAGAAGUAAGUAAAAAAGAUGAUAUAUA